AUGACAUGAUGAUCAAAAAAUUCCUGCACAGUUGCUACGGCAGCCUAGAAAGGACGAAGAAAUGCAUAGAGCGGUUUUGCACGACGCGGAGUAACAUGCCCGAGGUGUACACUUGUCGAGAUCCCACUUCGGACAAGAUGAAAGAUGCUUUCUCUAUCACAAACGUGUCGACGUAUCUCGCCGGCGACAACGAGCUCCUGAUCCAUCAGUUAAAUGAUCCAGAAUUAGAGAAAUUCAACUACUACGACGUGUUGAAGUCUUUCGCCAUUCAAGCUGACUAUUGGCUCAAAGUUCACGAAGUUUUUCCCGAAGGGCAUAUAAUUAUCCUUGAUAUCAAAGAUUAUACGCUAAAAAUUCUACCAAAGAUCAAUGUACUGUUUUUUAAGGAUUUUCUACUGUUUCUGUUGGAAGGCAUGCCGGUGCGAGUGAAGGGGGUACACGUGAUCAACUGCCCGUCGUACUAUGAAAUGUUAUACGGUUUGGUCAAGCCAGUACUGCCUGCUGAUAUCCGGAGCUUGAUACAGUUUCACGGAACACCCGAAGGAGUGCAUAAGCACAUCGAUCCGAAGUACAUCCCCGAGGAGUAUGGCGGCAGUGCCUCCAGUAUGACGGAACAGCACAAUUCAUGGGUCAGGGACAUACAGAAAAACAGGUAUGUCUUAUAUAAACAAUAA